AAACUCCAAGGCAAGCCAAUUUUUACCGUUUACAGUAAGUGCGGUUCAAUUUCUAUCACUCAAUAAUAUCAGGCUUAUAAAGUCUGCGGUGGGUUGAGAUAGAUAAUCACAACUUGGGAGCUAUUCAGCCAUGGCGACCAAGACAAUCAUACACUCCUUAAUCUUCCUCUUUAUGUGCCUAUCCCUGCACUCCUUUCACCUUGCAAGAGCGCAGUCGUUCAUCGGCGUCAACUACGGGGAAGUGGCGGACAACCUGCCGCCGCCGACGGAGACAGUAAAGCUUCUCCAGUCGACCACCAUACAGAAGGUCAGGCUUUACGGCGCUGAUCCGGCGAUAAUCAAGGCGUUGGCCAACACCAACAUAGGAAUAGUCAUCGGCGCCGGAAACGGAGACAUCCCGGCUCUGGCUUCCGACCCUAACUUCGCGGGUCAGUGGGUCAGCACCAACGUAUUGGCGUAUUACCCGGGGAGCAAGAUCAUCGUCGUCACGGUGGGUAACGAGGUCAUGACGUCCAAAGAUCAGGGCCUUAUCUCCCAAAUCUUGCCCGCGAUGCAAAAUCUCCAAAAUGCCCUCAAUGCAGCUUCCUUAGGUGGUAAGAUUAAGGUCUCAACGGUACACUCAAUGGCUGUGUUGACUCAGUCUGACCCGCCAUCCUCUGGUGCUUUCAACCCGAGUUUCGGUGACACAAUGAGAGCAAUGCUGGCAUUCAUGAGGGCAACUGGUUCGCCUUUUAUGAUCAAUCCGUACCCUUUUUUUGCAUACACAAGCGACACGAGAGCUGAAACGCUGGCAUUUUGUCUUUUCCAACCCAACGCUGGACGAGUCGACUCAGGGACUGGUAUCAAAUACAUGAACAUGUUUGAUGCCCAGGUUGAUGCAAUACGAUCGGCAUUGAAUGCAAUGGGAUUCAAGGACAUUGAGAUAGUGGUUGCAGAGACCGGGUGGCCAUACAAGGGUGACCCGAAUGAAGUCGGACCCAGCAUUGAUAAUGCUAAAGCCUAUAAUGGGAAUCUCAUCAACCACCUCCGAUCCAUGGUUGGCACUCCACUCAUGCCCGGAAAAUCCGUGGAUACUUAUAUAUUUGCAAUCUAUAAUGAGGAUUUGAAGCCCGGACCCGGAUCCGAACGCUCUUUCGGACUUUUCAACCCCGAUCUUUCCUUGACUUAUGAUGCUGGUCUUUCCAAGAGCAGUCAGGUUAUAAUGGUUGCAUUUAUCCUGGUGGUAGUACCCCAACUGACCGACUUGUGGGGCAAGUGCGCACCAAAAAUGCCUUGACAGCAGGGGCGCCUCCAAAUAACUUAUACAAUCUUCUUACGUAUAUGUUUAUGUUUAUGUUUGUAAAUAUAGUUUUUAUGCCUCAGCUACUCUAAAAAUAAUCAUGUUUACUAGAAGCUCAAACAUGCUUAGUUCAUUUUUGGGGCGAAAAAAAUCCCAUUUAGUUUUAAGAUAAACUGGUUUUAAGGGAUGCCUAUGAUAAUAGACAGAAAAUAAAAAUAAUAAUGUCUUGAGGUAGCCUGGUUGUGAGUGGUUUAUGCAUUGACAUGUUAAAUAUAUAUAUCAGUGUUUCCAGGAAAAUAUAUAUGUAGGUUAUACCUAGAAGGAGCAACAGUUUUAUGUGAAACUUCAUAUGAUUUAGUGGUUAACUAUUCUCUUAAA